CUUCGACUGUCACAGCCAUGAUUUCGAGCGUUCAUUGGCUCCUGUCUGUGCAUACGUCACAAUCAUGAUUAGAAUUGAUGAUCGGACGUUGUGAUUUAAUUGUAUAGCAAAAAGGGGGACCGCGGAAGAAAUCUGCUGAUUUGGAGCGUCCGUCUGAUUUUGACAUCAGAAAUGCCAUUUUGCUCAGAGAUGUGGAACGCACCCUGUUGCAGGGUGACUUCAAAGACAGCAGCGCAAAUUUAGAACAAUGGAGGUGUUGCUGUGAUCUACAUGACAGCCUCAUUCCCCUCUAGUAGCGAUAUGGAAGCGUGGCCACAGCGACGUGGCCUGCAGACUAUGAACCUUCGGUCAGUGUUCACAGCUGAACAGCAGAGAAUCCUGGAACGCUACUAUGAGAACGGGAUGACCAAUCAGAGCAAGGCCUGCUUCCAGCUGAUUCUGCAGUGUGCGCAAGAGGCCAAGCUGGACUUCAGUGUCGUUCGGACAUGGGUCGGCAACAAAAGACGAAAACUGGCCUCCAAGGUUGAGCAGAACGGAAGUGCGUCUCAUUCCUUGUCUAGUCACGGAAUAGCUGGAGGGUUGCUCUCCAGUCCAACUCUGGCUGGAAGUGUGUUGUCCAAUCACAGCCUUGCGACAGGGGCGCUGCUUCCUGCUGACAUGGCUGCUGCCAGAAACCUCCAGAAUCGUGUUCACCUCCUCCCUCCUUCCUCGUCUUUCCCUGCUCUCUCCUCGGCGUCUUCCUCUCCGUCAUCCUCCUCACCUCUCAGCAGCGGAAGCAACAACAAUAAUAACGAUGUAAUACUGACUGGGAUUUACUCUCUAAACUCUAUCCCUCGCUCUCGACCGAGACCCUCAGCCCCCCAGUCUCAGUCAGACUCUGAGCUUUCUAUCCGCACCUCUUCGUCUCUGAUCAACCAGGCUCCACAGAGCAGGAGAACUUCCACGUCCUCACCAAUCCAAUCCAAGUUACUGACCUCCUCUCAGACUCUCCCAUCGCUAACAUCUGCCUCAAGACCUUUAGUCUACACUGCAAUCAAGAAGGGCACUUUAUGCACUAGGGAGGGAGGGAUAAGUGCUGGUGCAGGGCUAAUACCCCACAGCUGGACUAGACAAUAUGGUACAGUACAAACUCAGCCUUGGGCUUCUUCUUCACAGUCCCAAGCUCAGCUUCAGCCCAGACCUCACUCCAGCCCCCAACCUCAACCACAUGCGCCACAAAAUCCUCGGGCCUCCCUCCCAGCCCAAAAUGCGGGCCCCUCUUCUGAACAAACACCUCGUAUUCAGCAAGUCUUUACCCUGUCGGAAAAGGGUGACGAGGAGCAGCCAAGAUCCGGGCAAACGUCCGCUCCGAGAAGCCUGGAGACCUACAGACCAACACCUCACCAUCUUGACGCCGGUCAUAACUUUUCAAUUGCGAUGGAAACAGGAAAUGAAGAAGAUGAGUGGCUGAGGGAGGAGGAGUUGGCCAGCAUGGCCGCCCAGACACACAUCCACAGGGAGCAGCCGCUGAUCAGCCCGACGGGAGCCGAAGUGUCUGUCGUCAGAGGAAACCGCACUCCUCCCGUGACUGGCUCCAGAUCAGCUGUGCAUCCCAGCAACACAUCACUUCAGGGGAACUACUCCCUCACAGUACAGACCUCAUUUGCAGGCAAACCCAGCUCACAGGCUUCACUUGGUGUGUCUGCUGCCCCUUGGGUAAUCAACAGUUCCAGAAAAAGAACACUGCAGGAUCGGACUCAGUUCAGUGACGGGGAUCUCAUCCAGCUGAAGCGCUACUGGGACCGAGGCAUGACCAGUCUGGGCUCAGUGUGCCGAGAGAAGAUUGCUGCUGCAGCCACCCAGCUCAAUGUGGACACUGAAAUAGUCAAGACAUGGAUCAGCAACAGACGGAGGAAAUACCGUCUAAUGGGUAUUGAAAUCCCUCCUCCUAAAGGCGGGCCCGCAGUAUUCACAAACUCAUCUCCAGGAAGUCAAUCUCCGGCAGCGGCGAGCCCCGAUGAAGAGCACCUCGGAACCCUCGAACUCACGGAUGACUUGAAUGACGGGGGCUCUCUUUGCAUGUCUGAAGACGGGACCAUCGAUUCACAUCAUAGAGAUGGAGAUGAUGAUACUGAUGCAUCCACUGCUGCUCCACUGGCCAAUAAUGUGAAGAUUGAAGUAAUCGAUCAGGAUGAAGCUGAAGAAGAUGGUGACUUAAUGGCUUCAGACCUCGAGCAAAUGCAGAACCUGCUGGAAUUCAAGCACGAGGAAGUGCAGUUCUUAGAGACCGAGCUAGAGAACCAAAAACAGAAAUAUCAGGAGCUUGCAGACUUCACAAAUAGCCUGCUCUGCGCUGUGAGAGACAAUGACCUGGAGAGACAGAAGGAACUUUUGGCCAGUCUACCUCAGCCUUCAGACCAGGACUGGGAUGCGAUCGUGGAGAGAAGAUCCCAGACAGAUACAACGCCCAACCACAAAACCCAGACGGAUGGCUCGGCGCAGGCUAAUGAAAAAUUCCUGCUGGUCAACAUGAACAGAGACCACUCGGCAAGUGAAGUUACUGAGCCCUCUGCAUCAGAGGAGCUGCUGCAGGAUGCAGGAACAGAACAAAAGUGACUGUCUACACGCGUACGGAUGUUUUCACACUCCCCUCAGAAACGCGUUUCACACCAGAGUGACAGUAUAGUCUGGUAGUUACGCAAACAGUGGUAAACCAGACUCCAUGCACAGUGCCUGUCGACUGAUGCUUUACUAUGACUGUUGGGCUGAACGAUGCCUUUUUUUUUUACUGCAUAUCAUUCGCCUUGCUCUGGCCCAGUCCAGAGAGAACAAUAAAUGACCUCUAACUUAAAUGUGUUGGUCGUUGUCUUGUGUAAAGUUUACCAAACACACCAGGAAACCACCCCUGCACAUUAGUUAUCUUAACCUUUUGGGGGAAAAAAAAUCUAUUUUUUUGUAGCUCAUUGGUUAAAUCAAGGUGAAACUGUGGUAUAAUUAAAGCACGAUCAGAUUUGCCUAUUAAUAAAUGAUGUAAGAUUUGA